AGUUCCGGGGCGGCCUGGGCGGGGCCUGAGCUGGGGCGGCUGCCUCGAGCAGUCUCGGUGCGGGUGCGCUGCUCCGCUGCCGGCCACGUCUCCACGCCGGGCCGCGGGCGCUUCCCCGCCGUCCGACGGCCGCCCGGCCGCCGCAGGCCUGCCGCGCGCGGAUGCGUCUGUUGCCAGAGCGGGGCAUCUGCCCGUGUCCCACGUGUGCCGCAGAGCAUGCCAUGGCCAGCAAGUGCUCCUCGAAGCUGCUCUCGCCUCCUGCAAAGCCAGACCUCAGCCAGCAAGCACACGGAGCCAAGCCCGCCGCUCUCCAGCAAGGACAACGGCCCAGCUCGAGAGCACGCCCUGAGCAACUGUGUCUGAUCCUUCAGCCAAGCAGCAGGGAAUCAUUAGCAGCCUGAGGAGUGGCCAGCUGGGAGCCUCAGGGACCGCCCAGCCUUGCUCCUGGCUCACCCACAAGAUGUGGACAGCCCUUGUGCUCGUUUGGAUUUCCUCCUUGUCCUUAUCUGAGAGCCUGGUGCCAAUCAAGGAUCCACGGCACUCAGUCCUCAACAAGACAGAUAAUCCGGACGAGAAAGAUGCAUCUGUGAUGACAGUUACGAGAGUCCUUCAUGGAACGUCUGAAACAAUGACCACAGUGACACCUUCUCCUGUCCCAUUGGCCACAGCGAGCCCGGCGGCCAACGCCAGCUCUCCUUCGGUCACAGCAGGGAGAACUCUCAGGACAGACGACGCAGGGACGGAAGGUGCCCCUGACCCAGUCGCCUCCAGGGCACCCCUGCCACCUGCUUCGGCGGCGGCGGGGCGGACCCCGUCCUCCGCCACCGUCAGCGUCCCUCGCGUGCAGGUGCUGAGCGGCAGCCUGCUGCCGGGCACAGCCGCCCUGACGACACUGGCCACCAGCGCUCAGCCUGCCGCUGGGACCACAGCGGGUGCCCGCAGCCCUUCCCAGCAUGCCCCCGGCAACCCCACAGCCAGCCCCACACCCCCGUCGGGUCCACAAGCACCUAACGUGUCCACGCAAGCCCCCGCCGUCCAGGCAUCAGCGGCCCAGCCCGCGGCUGGCACGGCAAGUGGGCCCAUGCCCACCCUCUCCAACAGCACCUCAGAGCCCACCCGCCCACCUGUGGCUUCCACGGCUCCCGCGGCCACCAUAGCGGUGACCGGCACCACGGCCCCGGCCCGGGAGCCGACUACCAGCACAGUGUCAGCGCCUGUGCCCCACAGCAGCCCGACCCCCAAGGGGGAGGCCACGUCCCCCACGACCCGGCCGAGCCCUGCUCCAUCGACCCGGGGGACCGCGGGGCCCGGCACAGCCUGGCCCCCCGAGCAGGUGCUGCCUGGAACCUCUCCUGGUGCCGCGUCCACUACCCCAGCGCCUGGGAGUCCCGGGGGCUCGAAGAUGCCACCCACAGCCUUGUGCCCGCUCAGCAGCCAAGGCCAGUACCUGGUGGUCACUGCCAAGCCCCUCAGCCCGUCUCUGGUGAACAGAGGUUUCCUCCUGGCAGUGCUCUUGCUCGGGGUGACUCUUUUCAUCAUAGUGUUGGUUCUGUUAGCCCUGCAAGCCUACGAGAGUUACAGGAAGAAAGAGUACACACAGGUGGACUAUCUCAUCAAUGGGAUGUACGCAGACUCAGAACUGUGACGGGCCGAGGAGGCCGAGCCCACUCCUCCUCCCAUUUUGCCUCUGAGACCAAACCAAGUGCUUCCAGAUCCUUUUGGUGCAAUUAGGAGGUGUGCCGGACGCUUCAACACAUUUACUUGCUGUCAGAUUAAUUCCUCGAUCACUCAAGAGUUGCUGCUUUUUCAUAUUUAUUUUUGUAAACAAUCAUGUCCAUGGAGUGGGCAGUGAUCCCACUACAGCGGGGCUGGCAGGGCCCCGGUGUGGAUCCCGACCCAAAUUAAAGCAAUGACCGCCUUCCAUUCAGACCCGUGUCCCCCCAUGAGUGUAGGCCGUGUCCUGUCCACCAUCCCACCAGGGGCCGCUUCCUGGGACGCGCGAGGUGGGCUUCAUGUUCGUCAGCAUUUACUGUAACACCAGGUUCUGGGGUCUUCUGUGUCCGCCCCACUUUCUGGGGCCUCACUGUUACACCCGAACGUGCCCCGUGCUCGGUGCGGGGGAGGGCACCCCAGGCUCUGGGCAUCCCUGACACCCCCUGGAGACGGGGCCUUCCUGCAGAUGUCCCUUUUCUGAAUUGUGUGGUGGUGCAAGCUUAGAACCUGAUGUAGGCACGAGAGAGCUGAGUCCAACACGUUAACCAGGUGAGCUGCCCGGUGUGGCCGGGUCAGCCUGGACCUGCUCGGACUGACUUCUCAGUGAAUCCGCACAGCUCAUGCCUCGUGGAAACCCAAUCAGCCAGUGUGGCAGGACCGUCCCUAACCCUUGCCCCAUGUCACCCUGGAACCCGGGGGAGCCCCAGGCCUAAGUGCACCCAGGGCUCUGUCUCCCGAGCAGGAUGACGUCCCCGGGUUCCCAGGUUCCAGCCCUCAGAGCUGACACGAAGUGCCCGUCCUGCGCCAGCCGCUGUCCUUGUGCUUAAUGCACGAACCCACUUAACCCCCACCUCGGCCCCAACACAGCAGCACUAGACCCCACCUUAAAGGUGGGGCCACUGAGGCACAGGAGGGGGAGACGUGCUCUGGAGUAUAGGGGGAGCGAGGCCUUCGCUCUGCCUACCUGCCCGAGGCAGUGAGAGCUGGUGGGCAACGCGGAAAGCUGUGUUCCCAGACCAAGUGUACUUGGAGCGAGGGUGGCGUGUUCUGGAACUCUGCUUCUUCAUCUGUGGAAUGGGGAGACCUAGAAUCACCCAGAAAUCCCGUAGGAGCCAAGGAUGGAGAAAUAGAGUGGGGAGCAGGGCAAUCAGAGCAUCCCUGUGGUCCCCUGCCUUCCAGCUCUGCCCGGGUUUCUGCAGCCUGUCCUGUCCUGUCCAUCUGUGGUCGGUCCAGCAGCCCCCUUUCCCCUCUGCGGCCUCUACCUGUCUCAGAGCCACGCCAUGUGUCCUCUGACAGCUGGGCCUCAACCAGCCUGUGUCUCUUGUUUCUCCUUCCUGGGGGACGCCGCCACACACCUGAGCCCAUCCGCGCGUGCGAUCACGGGUAUCGGCGCUGACUGUGGCUGGAAGGGCUUGUCCCAGCUCCCGGCCAGAGCGGCCGGCCACCCUGCGCCACUGUCCCCGGACAGCGGCUCUGCUCGUCAGCAUAGAGGAUCGGGGCUUUGGAGGAUGCCCUUUCCUCUGCCGGCCGCCACCUGGCACCUGGGCCGGGACCUACCUGCCUGCGAAGGGCAGGUUUCACACCCUGGCUGGUUGAGUCUCGUGCGUGAGCCAGAGUUUGGAGGCGCUCCCCACAAACUGGGUGCUUUGUUCCCUUCCAGGGAGGUAGGAGGAGGGGCAACCCACAGGGAUGGCUUUCGUCCUCAGCUUACGACGGGGGACCUCUGCCCGGCACCCCUACUUACAAGGAACAGGGGCUUGGCUGUCAGGGCCUCCCUGUCCCCCUGCCCCAGCCAGGGACUUCCUGUCCUUUCAUCCCCCGAGAACUGGUUGCAGUCUCCAUCCCUCCCUCCUUGGGGGGUAACAUUCCCAACCAUCUAGUCAUUUUGGCUCCGCGGAGGGGUCACAAGUGCCUCAAACUCAUGGCGUCCAAGACCAAGUUCAGCACUGGCCCGAGUGUGUUGGGCCCUUAGCGUUCUUCCUAAACCUAAGGCAUUGCUGCUUACCUGAGCUAGAGACUGGGCUUCAGCCUGGGGUCACACCAACCACCCCACACACUCUUUUUUUUUUAAGAUUUUAAAGUAA